AUGCUCCCUGAAAAUCAUCAACUCAACGUUAUUUUCCUUCCAUUUGUCAACCAUGACCAUCUGAUCCCCAUGGUCGAGGUCGCCCAUCUCUUUGCCAAGCUCGACAUUGCUGUCACCACCGUCACCAACGCCACCCUCUUCCACAGCAAAAUCCACCGCCACUCCAUGUCGGGCUGCCAUAUCCGCAUCCACACAAUUCCAUGCCCUGCCCUAGAGGUUGGUCUGUCUCCGGCCAUCCAAAAUCUGAGUACCGCCAGAUCCUCAGUAUUCUGGAAGGUUAUGAAGGCCUUUCUCAUGCUCCAACCCCAAAUCGAAGGCCUUGUCCGCGACAUGCGGCCGGACUGCAUCAUUGCCGACACCUUUUACCCUUGGACGACAGAGGUUGCCGCGGAGCUUGGAAUCCCACGGCUUGCUUUCAACGGCUCCGGUUUGUUUGCUUACUGUGGUGAGCAAUGUGUAGAAUAGAAGCCUCAUCUUGAAGUGCAAUCCGACAAUGAUAAGUUCCAACUUCCGGGGUUGCCAGAUUUUGUAGAGAUGAGGAGGUCCCAGUUGCCAAGUUGGAUCACCAACCCCGAUGCAUUCUCACUGUUUCUUGGUGGCUGUAAGGAAUCAGAGACACGAUGUUAUGGAAUGUUGAUGAACAGCUCAUUGGAAAAUCCGUAUGAACAACACUUCAAUAACGUAAUAGGGCUCAAAACAUGGAGCAUAGGGCCAGUUUCAUUGUUGGCAAACAAGGAAGCUGAAGAUAAAGAAUCUAGGGGAGGAAACCCCAACAUUGAAACCACCAACUUACUCCAAUGGCUAAACACCAAACAACCCAAUUCAGUUUUGUACAUUAGGUUUGGAAGCUUAAUCCGUGUGAAACCCCAGCAGAUUGCAGAGAUCGCACACGCCAUUGAAGAAUCUGCUCACAAUUUCAUCUGGGUCAUGAAAAAAAACGAUGACGACGACGACAACAACAAAGAAGCAGCAACUAAUUCAGGUUUACCAAAAGGGUUUGAGGAAAAUAUGAUUAAAACCAAGAGGGGUUUAAUAAUAAGGGGCUGGGCUCCACUGUUGAUGAUUUUGGAGCAUGAAGGUGUGGGAGGAUUUGUGACUCAUUGUGGUUGGAACUCAAUUCUAGAAGGUGUAAGCUCAGGCUUGCCAAUGAUCACAUGGCCAAUGUCUGCCGAGCAAUUUUACAACGAGAAGUUGCUGAUUGAUGUGCUGAAGAUUGGGGUCGGAGUUGGAUUCAGAAAGUGGUGGAAUUUGGGAGAACACAGAUCACAAGAGAUGGUUACGAGGGAAGAUAUUGGAAAGGCUGUGUCUUUAUUGAUGGGUACGAGCGGUGAGGCAGAGGAGAUGAGGAGGAGGGCUAGAGACAUGGGAGAGGCAGCAAAGAGAGCUGUGAGUUGUGGUGGUUCGUCUCAUAUGAACUUGGUCUCUUUGGUUAAUGAGCUUCAAACAAUGAAGCUUAACCGCGAGAGCAAUAGCCAUAUGGUUUUGUAA